AUUGAAUCACAACCCGACCCUUUGGCCCCCUUUGCAGACAAACAAACCACAGUUAGCGUCAGUUUUCUGUUGGAAAACAUUACAAAUACUCACGAAAACUUCACGCUCGCCAUCCUUUGCUCACUUCUCAUGGAUGGCCCGAACGCUCCCUUAUAUCAGGCGCUUAUAGACUCGGGUUUGGGCUCUGACUUCAGCCCUAACAGUGGUUUUUCAAAUUACACGAAACAAUCAUUCUUUUCCAUUGGAUUGCAAGGAAUUGCCAAAAAUCAAGUGAAUUUUGUGAUGAAAGCGGUGGACACGGCUCUGAAGAACGCGGCCAGUGAUGGCUUUCCCGAUGAAAGAAUUGAAGCCAUUCUGCAUAGAGUGGAGUUGAGUACAAAACAUCAAACCAGUAAUUAUGGACUCGGAUUGGCUAUGAAUGUGAACACCAUUUGGAUGCACGACGACAACCCCAUCGCCGGUCUUCGUGUCAAUGAACACGUCAAUCGAUUUCGACAGCAAAUGAAAGAAAACCCCAAAUUCUUGAGGAAUAAAAUCAAAGAAUAUUUCAUUUCAAAUACUCAUCGAUUAGUAUUAGAGAUGAAUCCGUCGAAGGAUUACGAAAAUAAUCUCAAAAUUGAAGAGCAAAAAGUGUUGAAAGAAAAGGUCUCUAAACUGACUGAAAGGGAUUUGAAAGAGAUUUAUGAAAACGGAUUGGAAUUGGAAAGAAUGCAGAAGAAUAAAGACGACGCCUCUGUAUUGCCCACACUUAGCGUUAAGAAAGAUAUUUCCCGUAAUUUUAAUGCCACGAAUAUAGAGACCACCAAAAUAUUAAACGCCGGCAUUCAAUGGGCAGCUCAGCCGACGAAUGGCAUCACAUAUUUCAACGCUAUUAUGAAACCCAAACCGAAAGCAUUUCCGCGACAUUUGGUGCCAUAUCUACCGGUUUUCAGUCAAUUGGUGACCAAAUUAGGCGCCGGAGAAUUGGAUCGAAAACAAUUGGACCAAGAAAUUCAAAUGAGAACCGGAGGCCUCCAAAUGUCAGUGCAUGUGUCAGACCAUCCCUCGGAGUUUGAUCUCUACGAAAAAGGACUCAUCAUUUCAUCGCAUUGUUUAGACAGAAAUGUUGAGCAAAUGUUUAAGUUAUGGACCGAUAUAUUCAACAGAAUCCGAUUCGACGACGAUUACGACCACUUGUCUCAACUGAUCCGUAUGUGUUCGGCGGAGUUGGCGCAGAGUCUUCCCCAUUACGGACACAAGUAUGCAAUGCAGCGGUCGUCCGCUUCAUUGGGCGGUUCCUAUAAGUUCAGAGAACUGACGAGUGGUUUGUCAUCGGUUUCGCAUUUCCGUUCAUUGGCUUCUUUAGAAGAUUGCAAACCAGUUGUCGACCAUUUAAAAAGUAUUGCAACCCUUCUAUUGAACUCCGAUUCCAUCCGGUGUUCAAUCAAUGCGGAGGCGCCUACUAUUCGGUCAUCGCUUCAGACAAUUGAACGAUUCAUUCACUCCAUUAAACAAAAGCCUGAAACCACUCAUCAGACGGAAGAGUCACCAAAUAGUGACAUUCCAGGCAUUGAUCACGUGAAUGAACACCACGUCUAUCCCUUCGCUAAUAACUAUUUGGCGAAAUCAGUAUUUUGUGCGCCUUUUGCUCAUAAAGAUUACGCGAAACUCAAAAUCGCCUCAAAACUGGUUUCGACGAAAUAUCUUCACCGAGAAAUCCGUGAAAAGGGCGGCGCAUACGGAGGCGGCUCUAAACUAACGUCAGGCGGUGUUUACACUUACUAUUCAUAUCGCGAUCCAAACAUUGACCAAACAAUUGACGCCUUCAAUGGUUCGGCCGAAUGGCUGACCGACGGAAACCAUUACAACGAUCAGGACAUCGAUGAGGCGAAGCUAUCGAUAUUUCAAGAAGUGGAUCACCCGAUUAUGCCCAGUGAACAGGGAUUGGAAUUCUUCGUCAAUGGAAUCGAUGAUCAAAUGAAACACGACUAUAGAAUGCGUUUACUCGAUGUCAGCAAAGGGGACAUCGAAGAAGUGGCUAAAAGAAUGGCUUCAAUUCUUUCAUCGGGAAAGCCAUCACUGGCCGCGUUCUUAAGGGCGGUGUCCACCGCUUUCAUCACAAAAUUCACUUGA